ACCCUAAUACCCAUGAGUAUCUAUGGCAUCGGGAAGCGAGGCCGUUGCUCCACCCAGGCCCAGGCGCCCCCGCACAGAGCCUGCGCACAGGUCCUUCCAUCCUCCCAAGGUCCACCAGGCCCGGGAAGAAGAGCAGAGACACCAGGUGGGAAGCAGCCGGAGAGGAAGGAGGCCGGUCCCCCUGCCAGACUCGGGCUGGGGAGCUCGGGGCGGCCUCAGCCCCUUCUGAGUACCCCAGGGGCCCCGGGGACCGAACGCGGAAGCACCACGCUGCCAGGCUGGGCGCAGUCUCGGGACCCCAGAGGCCAUUCGGGGCGGUCCUCUCCGCCGGGAACCGCCCCCACCCGGUGAAACGUCCCGCCCACCGCGCCCGCGCCUGCAGCGUCGGGCCUGCCCCGCGUCUCCGCGCGGUCUGCGGUCUCCAGGUUUGCGGAGGUGCUCCAGGCCGGAGGUGAGCCGCUGGAGUCUGCGAAGGAGCUCUUGGGGCCCCUGGUAAGUGGUAAGGCUGUCAGCCUGCAGACAGCAGCUUCGGACAGACUCGCCCCUCAAAUGCUUUCCGUGCAUUCUGCUACCUCCACUCAGCUGUUCUAGCUCUUGCAAGACAGACUUCUUUGAAGCCCGCAGUGGAUGUCCACCACCUCCAGCAUGAGAGUCCUCUUGCCAGUGCUGUUGGGAGCCCUUUUGGGUGUGGAGCGAGUCCAUUCCCUGUACUGCUACUCCUGCGAGGAUCAGAAGAGCAACUGGCACUGCCUGUGGCCGGUCAAGUGCUCGAGCACAGACAGUUACUGUUACACCCUAUCUGCCUCUGCUGGCCUUGGGAAUCUCAACUUUGGCUACACUCUGAAUAAGGGCUGCGCCCCUAUCUGCCCUACAAAGAAAGUGGAUUUCGGCUACGGUGUGCUGACGGUAGACAGCCGCUGCUGCGAAUACUCCUUCUGCAAUUUCAGCACAGCCAGCCGGGGGCUGCAUGCCAGCGUCACGCUGCUGGGCCUUGGACUCCUGCUCAGCCUGGUGGCUCUGCUGCAGCUGGGCCCCUGAAUACCCCAACCCUUCCUUCCCAUACUCCCUCAGCUCAGGAAAAAAAUCCCAGCCCCUUCCAGGUCCCAGGAGACCCUAGGAGCCUCUUGCUCCUCCUGGGUGUGCCUAGUCCCCACCCUCAGCAAGGCUAAGCACCCACACCCGCUCUGUCUCAAACCAGCUGCCCUUGUUUACAAGGGUCAGUCAUGUGACCUCCCUUAGGGGGACAGGGGAAGGGACGAGAGUCUCUUUAGAAUUGUAGGGUACCAGGGUCAGGACGGAAUCCUGUGGACACACUGGGGCCAUCUAAGUCCCAAGUCUCCGGCAUGUGCCAAAUGAGGAAGGGGGUGUGCUCUGUAUGUCUAUGUGUAAAUGAGGUCACUUGGAUGCUGGGCUGGGCAGAGAAGACCUGGAAGGUUCUGGAGCAGAGGAGCCCUGCUCUCCACCAAAGCCCCUUCCCCUGGCAUCUCUGGGCCCAUGUUGUGCUCACUUCCAGAAGUGGCUCUCACCUCCAGAUCCAGCCAAGUCCCUGCCUCCCUCUCCUCUGCCCACACUGGUUUCCUGCUGCUACUCUGGUGCCUCAAAUAAACUGUUACCACCCA